GCCCCGCGGCGGGGGGUCGGUGCGCGGCGGCCGCAGCGCUGCAGCGCCGGCAGCCCGUAGGCACCGUGCUCGUCGCGCCGCUCCGCUCCGCUGCCGAGGGUCCCGCCGCCGCUGCCAUGUACCUCUGCCGGGCCGCCUCGCAGGCGGUGGCCGCUCGCCUGAGCAGGGCUCCCUCCGCCGCGAGCCGCCUGAAGCAGCGCGCACCUCUUCGGCAGAUGUCAUCUGGGAGCGUUCCUGGCUCUUCUGGAGAGAACAUGAUUUACUAUCUCCUUGCUGGUGUUGCUGCUUUUGGUGGCUUAUAUUACGCCUACAGAACAGUCAGCUCAUCCCGCAGCAAAUAUAUUGAACAUGUUAAUAUUCUUCAUGAGAGAGCUGAGGGGCGGAAAAACAAACCUCUGUCGCACAAGGGUGAUGAAGAGGAGACAGCUGAAGUCACUGAAGCAGAGACAGCCACAGAAGAGACUGAUACAGUAACUGCUACUGGACCUGCAGCACAGGAUGAGAAUUCUGGGGUAUCCUCAGAAACCGGAGGAGAGAGUGGCUUACCAGCUGCAGAUGUACCCGCUGCUGUGGAGGGAGCACAGCAGGAAGCUGCUGCUAGUUCAGAAGCUGUUAAUUCAGAAGCUGCUACGCUGCAAGAAACUGUGAGUGAAGGCCUGGAUGUUGCAGUUUCUUCUGCCCAUGAGGAAAGCUUAGACAGUGUCAAAGAAGGAGUAGCGCCAGCAGCUCCUCAAGAGAUGUCUGAUGCAGCCACAAGGGACCAGGACGCCGAUGCAGAGGAGUCUGGGCAAACUUCAGAAGCUUCCACGGAAGGGACGACAGCUGAAGAUGCUGCAAAGGAAUCCUAAAGUGAGCAGCAUUGAAGCCUUUGAAAAGUUUAAUGGAAGUAUUUGGGCAAUCAACCAGCUGAUUCCUGUGUGAAACCUCAUACUCUGCCUUGGAGACAUAAAACAAUUUGUGUAGUUUGUCAUAUCCCACACUGCUUAUGAGGAUGAGUAUUCAUUACUGAAACAGACAACCUAAUAUGAUUUAAGUUGGUUAGAGAGAUGCUUCUGUAAUUAACCUCUCUGUUUUAGAAAGGAGCAUCCAGUAAUAAAUGUCAAAGCACCAUCCGGCAUGUUAUAAAUAAAUGUACUUAAGAGAAGCAGUAGACUUAACUGCAUCUGUAUUACAUGAACUCAUUUUAGUUCCAGUAGUUACCCAUAUUUAUGCCCUGCCUUUUGUCCAAACUGUGCUGCAUAAUUAUAGCAUUGUACCAUCCCAUGCUAAAUUUUAAGGAUAAAAUUUUACUGUGCUAAAAUCUUAUUAAAAUUACUUGUUAGUGUUUUUAAAUUGGUUCAUGGGGGAAAACAACCACCUUGUUUUCUCUCAAGUUUUGAAUUUGCAAUAAUAACCAAAGAACAUUUGUCUGUACAAAAUUUAAUUUUCCUCCUGCACAAACAUUUUAAAUAUUAUCCUCCCUUGCACAGUUGUAUCCAGGAAUAAACUUUUUAAAAGUUUAAAGCAGUCUCCUGCUUUGAGAACAUCAACCUUUUGCAAGUAGUAGCAAUAGAUACAUUGUAGCAAAUUAGAGAAACUGUGAAAAUCAAAAUAAUGCAGGUUAAAGUUAUUAUCAGUGCUUGGAAGUGGUGGGCUCCAUCCCCACCAAAACCUUAUUCCCUUGCAAAAGUCUUUGUGUUCUGUCUUAGCAGGGACAUGCAGCGGUGGUAUAACAAAAUACAAGUUUAAGAGAAGACUGUUACACAAAUCAUGAACAAUGUAGGCUAUGGUAAAGCUCCUCACUGUGAGCCUGGAGAUGGCCAGCAAAAUCUGCAUUAAAGACUAUGGCAUAGGUGUCCAAAUGCACAAGAAUGCUUAAAAACUAUUGAAAACUCCAUCACCUUGGAAACCUGGAGCAAGAUUUUAGUUGUCAAAAUUUGCUCUCCUGGAGAGGGGCAUGUAAGAGCUCAGGCAGAAUUUGAAAAGUAUGGCCUUUUAUUCAGUUUUUCAAAAUGUGUAACCAGAAAAUAUUCUUGUUUUGUUAGUAUUAUCUUAAUAAUAAAUAUUCUGUAAUGAAUGUUUUAUAUGAUGCUCCUGAACCUUUCCUGUAUUAUGAUCAUAUGCAUGUACAGGCACACACAUGCGCAUCUACUACAAAAUUUUCUGCUGAGAUUCCCCACCAGCUAAAAAGCAUUACAGCCAUCCUGAAAUGGUGAUAAUUCUAAUUCAGAUGUGAAACAAGGCAUAUCAUACACAAUUUAUAUAGAAACUGUGAAUUAUAAGGUAUAAAUGACUGCUUUUUCUUCAAACAGAACCUCAGAAAAAUGUCAAAAAAGUACCAUGUUAUUCCUACCCAUUGCACAAAUAAAUGUAUUGUCCUCCCCCCAUCAUGAAGCAAGUUAUAAUAGUGUUCUGAUGAAAAUACAGUCUAUUGUUCCUGCACCUGCUUAUGAAUAACUAGAAUAAUGCAGAGACAAAAUCAGGCUCACAAGCUCCAGGAAGCAAUACCAUAGCCUUCUUCUUGAAGGAUAAAGCCACUGUGAUUAAAAGCACUUGUUGUAGACAAAGCUACUGGAAUAAAAGUCUUAAAUUGA